GAAUGUGUGUCUACAGGGAGGAGUUUCUGCCGAGGUGGCUAUUUAAACCCCUUUCUGCAGGUCCAGGUGCAUCGGAACUGAGGACCGAAGAACCAUGAUGUUCCUCGUCCUGCUGCUGCAGCUGGCAAGUGCUGUCUUGCCUUCAUUUGGCCAGAAUGCCAGCGGUUCAAUCAACAACGAUGGCAUCUGUGAAUGCUCGGUCAUAUUGCCGGUCAAUACCUUCCCAGUGGAAAGAAUGGAAUAUUUGGAAAGAACAUCACGGAAACUCAAUAUCAGCGUGCAACUUGAAAUUAGCAAGGUGAAGGAAUACACACACACUAUGUCGGUGUACACGUCCAGGCUGGUGAACCUGACCCGGCGUGUGGAGAGGAUAGAGACCGGGGGCUCCUACACCCAGCUUGACUUUGAGCUGCUCAAGCUGGAGAUACGAGAGCUGGUGUCCCUCACCUCCCAGCUGAAGGUCACGCUCAACGGAAGCAACACCAUCAUCAACCAGCUCUUCAAAGAGAUUGAGAACAUAUCGCUCACCGUCAGUAAGCUGGAGUCGUACGAUAAACUCAACGUGCUGGAGAUCCGUCGGGAGAUCGCUUCGCUGAGGCUGAGACUCAGCGACUGUGAGGAGGAUCGCGCUGUCCCCACACCCAAGCCCAUUGACUACGGAAGCUGCCAACACGGCGGUCUACUCAAUGUAUCCGAGCCGUUUGUGGUGCAGCUGAACUGGAAAGGAUCUGGUGCUAAGUACGGAGGCUGGGGCAAGGACCCCUCACCUGUGCCCACUAAAGAGGCACUCUACUGGGUUGCACCACUAAUAAACGAACAGAGACUGGACACCUUCAGGCUCUACGCUUCAUUCGACGAGCUUCUGCUCACCAGGAACCCGAUCGAUAAGAACCUGGUGAUUCCUGGCCGCUACCCAAGCUAUGUCAAGACAGGGCAGGGCAGUGGGAUGGUCUUGUACAAUAACUCCUUGUAUUACAACUGUUAUACCAGUAGGGACAUGUGCAGGUAUAACGUAGACACCAACGUAUUCGAGAGACAGACUCUGGCUGGGGCAGUCUUUAAUAACAGGUUCUCAUACCAAGGUGUGAAGUACCAGGACAUGGACUUUGCGGUAGAUGAGUCUGGAAUGUGGGUUAUUUACUCCACUGAAGAAAAUGCUGGCAAUAUAGUUAUUAGUAAGCUCAACAUGACCUCCUUCACUGUUGAGAGGACAUGGAUCACCAAGCAGUUCAAACCUGGCGUCUCCAGUGCCUUCAUGAUCUGUGGGGUGCUGUACGCCAUUAGACCUGUUAACACCAGAGUGGAGGAGAUUUUCUUUACAUUUGACACCAGGACCAGUGAGGAAGGUAGGAUCUCUAUAAAGAUGAAUAAAAUGCUGGAGCUACUGCAGAGUGUCAACUACAACCCAUCCGAUCACAAGCUGUACGUGUACAAUGAUGGCUACGAGGUGACGUACAAUGCGAUAUUUAAACCGUACGUCCCUCCUUCCGACAAGAAAUAAUGCCAAUACAUCAACAGCCUCAACUACCUCCUCCGGCAGCUCGUUCCAUACACCCACCAUCCUUUUGUAUGAAAAAGUUACCCCUCAAAUUCCUAUUAAAUCUUUCCUCCCCCCUCACCAUAAACCUGUCCUUUGAUUCAUGGAAACAUAGUAACAUAGAAAAUAGGUGCAGGAGUAGAGGCCAUUCGGCCCUUCGAGCCUGCACCGCCAUUCAAUAUGAUCAUGGCUGAUCAUCCAACUCACUAUCCCAUCCCUGCCUUCUCUCCAUACCCCCUGAUCCCUUUAGCCACAAGGGCCACAUCUAACUCCCUCUUAAAUUUGGCCAAUGAAUUGUGGCCUCAACUACGUUCUGUGGCAGAGAGUUCCUGCACAUUCACAUCAUCCCACACCAAGUCAAGUCAAGUCAAGUUAUUUGUCACAUACACAUACGAGAUGUGCAGUGAAAUGCACAAUUGAAACAGGGACAAUUUACAAUUUUUCCAGAAGCCAAUUAGACUACAAGCCAGUAUGUCUUUGGCGUGUGGGAGGAAACUGGAGCACCCGGGGAAAACCCACGCAGCUCAUGCAGAGAACGUGCAAACUCCACACAGACAGCACCCGUGGUCAGGAUCCAACCCGAGUUGGGUGACUGAGAAUCGUUGGUGGAACUGGGAGGAAUUCCCUGUUCUCCAAAAUACUCCCUGGGAUCUUGAGACGUUCCAUCCAAGUAUCUCCAAGGAACCACACCUUAGGUGAUAUCCGUGCCUAACAUGAUGCCAAGAUAACCUGUGUGGGAAGGAACGGCAGAUGCACUGUAGAUAGACACAAAACUCUGGAGUAACACAGCGGGACAGGCAGCACCUUUGGAUAGAAGGAAUGGGUGGCCUUUCAGGAUGAGACCCUUCUUCUGAAGAAGGAUCUCGACCCAAAACGUCACCUAUUCUUUCUAUCCAGAGAUGCUGCCUUUCCCGUUGAGUUACUCCAGCAUUUUGUGUCUCAGUGAAGAUAAACUAUUCUGACCUACCUACACAUGAGCCAUAUUGCUCCAUUUCCAGCAUAUCCAUGUGCAAAACUCCAUCAAAUUAAGAAAAACUUAAGGUGCAUAGACUUUGAAUUAUUUUGCUUGUAAUUGCUUUUCAUGUAAUGAAUGUAAUAUCUAACAACUGCAGUGAUUGCAGGAGGACUAGGUAUAAACCUGAAGGAAUAAUGUCCUGAACCUUAAUCUGGGAGGAAUAUUUUUCAGAUCUAGUCAUUGAUCCACAAUCUUAAGUCUUUUUCUGACAUUGAUUAACACUGAGGUGACAAAUGGUUAUUAGUUUAAGUUGAUAUGAUCUUACUUGCAAAAUGAAAUGUAAAUAUGUGAAUAAAUAACGUCAAAAUCAA